GGCCCCCCGGGGCGGCCAUGGCCGCGGCCACCAUCGUGCACGACACGUCGGAGGCGGUGGAGCUGUGCCCGGCCCUGGGCCUCUACCUCAAGCCCAUCACCAAGAUGACCAUCAGCGUGGCCCUCCCGCAGCUGAAGCAGCCGGGCAAGUCCAUCUCCAACUGGGAGGUGAUGGAGCGGCUCAAGGCCAUGGUGCAGCACCACCAGUUCUCCACGCUGCGCAUCUCCAAGAGCACCAUGGACUUCAUCCGCUUCGAGGGCGAGGUGGAGAACCGCAGCACGGUCCGCGCCUGCCUGGCCCGCCUGGACGGCAAGACCAUCAAGCUCAGCGGCUUCUCCGACAUCCUCAAGGUGCGGGCCGCCGAGUUCAAGAUCGACUUCCCGACGCGGCACGACUGGGACUCGUUCUUCCGCGACGCCAAGGACAUGAACGAGACGCUGCCGGGCGAGCGGCCGGACACCAUCCACCUGGAGGGGCUGCCCUGCAAGUGGUUCGCGCGGCGCGAGGCCGGCGCCGAGAAGCCCAGCGAGGACGUGCUGGUGCGCGUGUUCGAGAAGUUCGGGGCGAUCCGCCACGUGGACAUCCCCAUGCUGGACCCCUACCGUGAGGAGAUGACGGGGCGCAACUUCCACACCUUCAGCUUCGGCGGCCACCUCAACUUCGAGGCCUACGUGCAGUACAGCGAGUACGCCGGCUUCAUCCAGGCCAUGAGCGCGCUGCGCGGCAUGAAGCUCAUGUACAAGGGCGAGGACGGCAAGGCGGUGGCCUGCAACAUCAAGGUGGGCGGCCCCCUGCCCGCGCCCGGGGCCCCUGCAGG